AUGGCGCAGGGCAUAAAAGUGAUCAAACCAAGAAAUAUGUCUGAUCCUUAUUUUUUUCCGUUUAAAAAAAAAUCUAAUUUUACUCUAUUUUUAUUCCUAGCAUCAACAGCAAUAACAGCUAAAUAUACAGGACCUUCUACUACUCCUUCUGUAACAACAGCUGCCACAGCUUCUUCAACAACAUCGGCUCCUGUACCAUCCUCUCCUGCAGCAUCUACAGCACCAACAGCUAAAUAUACAGGACCUUCAACUACUCCUUCUCUGAUAACAGCUUCUUCAACAGCAUCGGCUCCUGCACCAUCCUCUCGUGCAGCACCAACAGAAACAACUGCUAAGUAUACAGGGCCUUCUACUACCACUCAACCUACAACAGCUGCCACAUCACUGCCAACACCAUCUGCCCUUGCAACAAUGACACCUGCAGCAUCAACAGCAAUAACAGCUAAAUAUACAGGACCUUCUACUACUCCUUCUGUAACAACAGCUGCCACAGCUUCUUCAACAACAUCGGCUCAUGUACCAUCCUCUCCUGCAGCAUCUACAGCACCAACAGCUAAAUAUACAGGACCUUCAACUACUCCUUCUGUGAUAACAGCUUCUUCAACAGCAUCGGCUCCUGUGCCAUCCUCUCCUGCAGCACCAACAGAAACAACUGCUAAGUAUACAGGGCCUUCUACUACCACUCUACCUACAACAGCUGCCACAUCACUGCCAACACCAUCUGCCCUUGCAACAAUGUCACCUGCAGCAUCAACAGCAAUAACAGCUAAAUAUACAGGACCUUCUACUACUCCUUCUGUAACAACAGCUGCCACAGCUUCUUCAACAACAUCAGCUCCUGUACCAUCCUCUUCUGCAGCAUCUACAGCACCAACAGCUAAAUAUACAGGACCUUCAACUACUCCUAUAAAAACAGCACCAACAGAAACAACUGCUAAGUAUACAGGGCUGACUACUAGCACUCUACAUACAGUUGCCUCAUCACUGCCAACACUACCUGCUAUCACAACAGUAUCACCUGCAGCACUUUCUACUUUGUCAAAAGCUACUUCAAUACAUACAUCAACAGCACCUUCUUCUUUGUCAAAAGUGACUUCAACUCAGACAACAACGUCAAUGGCUUCCAGUACUGUCCUAAAUAUCACUGACUGUAAAUCACCAGGAGUUUGCUGUGGACCAGUGGGAGAAGUAAAAUAUCCUGGAGAUACAUGGACUUCCAAUUGCUAUGAUUGCAUAUGCAAUAAAACUACUGGAGUGGAGUGCAAACUAAGUGAAUGCCCACCAAAACCUACUUGCCAAAAUGAUGAGAUACUACAAACAUCACAAAGUGAAGGCAGCUGCUGUCCAGCGUAUAAUUGCAAACAAAUAACAUGCAUAUAUAACCAAAAAGAAUACAAGCUUGGUGAAACGUGGACUUCAGGCUGUCAAGACUGUAUAUGUAGUCCUACAUCAAAUGCAGUUGCAUGCAAACCUCAUCAGUGUGCAAGUUUGCCUGUAUGCAGUGAAAGUGAAAAACUGACAAUCGAUAACAGCUCUCCUGAUCGCUGCUGUACCACUGGUUAUUGUGUUAAAAUAACGUGCACAUAUAACCAAAAGAAAUACAUGCUUGGUGAUACAUGGACUUCUGGGUGCCAGCAAUGUACUUGUAGUAAGAUAACAAAGUCUGUACAGUGUGUACCUCAGAAAUGCCCAGCAGAUCCAAUAUGCAAGCCAGACGAAAAACUAACAAAAAAUUUUGCAAGUGGCUCCUGCUGCCCAACAACUCAGUGUGUUCCAAUGGUAUGCACGUUUAAUCAAAAUAAAUACAAAGUUGGUGAAAGCUGGGAAAACAAAUGUUUUCAGUGCACCUGUACUGGGUCAAAUAGUAUGAAGUGUUCUCCUAAGUCAUGUCCACCAGAUCCUGUGUGUAAGCCAGAUGAGAAGCUAGUGAAAAGUUCUGGAGAUGAUCCCUGCUGCUUAAAAGCUGAGUGUGUUCCAGCAGUAUGUACUUUUAACCAGAUGACUUACAAGAAUGGUGAGAAAUGGAUUUCUGGCUGUGAAGAGUGUACAUGCAAUACAUCUGCAAGCAGUUCUGUGCAAUGUGUCACUAUAAAAUGCCCACCAGACCCCAUAUGUGAGCCAGGCGAGCAGCUAAUUAAAAGUGGUGAAAACGAAUCCUGCUGUCCAGCAUCUCAGUGCCAACCAGAACUGUGUUAUUAUAACCAGGAAGAACACAAGUAUGGUGAUCAAUGGAUUUCAGAAUGCCAAGAAUGUAACUGUACCGGAACCCCGAGUGCUGUGCAGUGUGUACAUCAGAGCUGCCCACCAGAUCCUGAGUGCAAACCAGAUGAGGAAUUAGUGAUACAAACUGGAAAUGACUCCUGCUGUCCCAUAAAACAGUGCACUCCAAUUACAUGUCAGUAUAAAGGAAAGACCUACACUGUUGGAGAAUCAUUCGUGGAUGAAAAUGAUACAUGCUUGUCAUUUCAAUGCAAUGUAACAGGACUUGAAGGAAACUAUGAGCAUUGUGACCAUCAAACAUACUGCCCAAAGGACAAGCGGAUCUACAGUGCAGACACCUGCUGCUAUGUCUGCAAAGACAAAUGCUUGCCAGUUCCAAAAAAUGUAAAUCUGAAUAUAAGCAGCUGUGUAGGUGAUAUAGAAAUGUCAGAAUGCCAUGGGGACUGUGCUGCAUACACCUUAACAGAAGCUAAUGAUGGUCUCAAUCGCACGUGUGUGUUCUGUGAUGCUGUCGGUUUCCAGGAGAAAAUUGUUGAGUUGACCUGUCCAGAUGGGAGUAAAAAGCAACACUCUUAUAAUGAUAUUACAUCCUGCCAGUGCUUACAAUGCAGCACUAAGUCAUAGGUGUGACUUUUUAAUCUGUGAAAACUGUAUUCAAGAUACAUGCAGUAUUAUCAUAUAAACUGCCAUUUUAAUUUUUAAACUGAUAAAUACUGUGCAUGAUAAUCCUUUUGAUUGUAAUUUAAUUGUACUGUUACAUGCUGUGGACUGUGAUUAUGUUCUUCAACUGUUCUUAAUGUCACCUUUAUAGUUAUUAAUCAAGAUUUAAAUGAAUUAAUAAAUGAAUCAGUAUUAAACUGAA